AUGACCAACUUCAACAUCCAAAUCAUCUCCGACACCGUCUGCCCGUGGUGCUACGUCGGCUACCGCCGCCUCACGCGCGCCAUCACAACCCACAAAGCCACACACCCCGCAGACACAUUCACCCUAACCUGGCACGCCUUCUACCUGAACCCGAACUCGCCGAGUUUCCCCGGUCUGGACAAGACCGAAUACUACAAGUCGAAGUUUGGCGGCGACCGCGCGCUUGCCAUCUUCGAUCGACUGGGUGCCGUGGGCCAGAGCGAAGGGAUCAAGUUCAGUUUCGGCGGGAGGACGGGGAAUACACGGGACUCGCAUCGGUUGAUGUGGUAUGCGGGGCAGAAGGAGAAGAAUGAUGUAGAGAAGAAAAAAGAAGAGAAUGUGAUUGGGGGCUUGCAGACGAGGGUGGCGGAGGAGUUGUUCCGGGCGUAUUUUGAAGAGGAGAAGAAUGUGACGGAUCGGGAGGUGUUGGUGCAGGCGGGGGUUGGGGCAGGAUUGGAGAGAAGUGAAGUUGAGAGGUUGUUGGAUGGGGAGGAGGGAGGGAAGGAGGUUGAUUUGGAGGCUGAGAAGGCGAGAAGGCAGUUGGUGACGGGCGUGCCGUACUAUAUGGUUCAGGGACAGUAUGCUGUGGAGGGGGCGGAUGAGCCGGAGACCUUUUUGGAGGUGUUUGAGCAGGUGAAGAAGAGUUCUUGA